CCUGGCAAGAAGAGAAGAAAUGGGGAUUGGGGAUAAUACCUACAACGAUGUAAUGUGAUUUUGGAUGGGUUUAAGGGAGAUGGGUAUUUAAAGGCAGAGAAGCCGUUGACGCGUUGGAUUUAGGCAAUAGUAUGUUCAAAGCGGGUGGCGGUUUAGUUGAGCGAGACAAGGGCUUCUUCAUAGGACCGUGGUCGUUGUUCAGCAGGUAAAAAAGAUUAAUAAUGCUAUCAGGAAGCUACGCAGCAGGACCAGCACAGCACACCAGAUCUGAUAGUGUUCCUAUGAACAAUGGAUCAGCCAAUGGCCCAAUAGGAGGAGGAAUAGCUCAGCCCCCUAGAGUUGGUUCUAUGGCGAACAAUAAUCCAGGUGUUGCUAGGCCAGGCUGGGGAGCCAUGCCCAUUCCCAUGGGUCCAUAUGCUCCACAGCCUAUGCCUGUUCCACCACCAAAUGGAAUGCAGGGUCAGCUUGUGUGCAGUGGAUGUAGAACUCUUCUUGUCUAUCCUCAGGGUGCAACAAAUGUUUGCUGUGCAGUAUGCAACACAGUAACGGCAGUUCCACCUCCUGGGACAGAAAUGGCUCAGCUGAUUUGUGGAGGUUGUCGCACAUUAUUAAUGUAUGUUCGUGGUGCAACAAGUGUUCAGUGUUCCUGUUGCCACACAGUCAAUCUUGCAAUGGAAGCAAAUCAGGUUGCACACGUGAAUUGCGGGAAUUGUUGUACAACACUUAUGUAUCCAUUUGGAGCACCUUCUGUGAAAUGUGCACUCUGUCAUUUUGUGACAGCAGUUGGGAUGAACAAUAUGAGGAUGCCUCUUCCAGCGCAAAGGCCUCCUACAGCAUCUGUGACACCCCCAUCUUCUAGCUCAGUGCCUCCAGAACGAUCACAAUCUCAAACCGUGGUCGUCGAAAAUCCAAUGACAGUGGAUGAAAGUGGCAAGCUGGUGAGUAAUGUCGCUGUUGGAGUUACUACAGAGAAGUCAUGAUUAUGGAAACAUCAAUAGCCAGUAUCUUUUUGGUCAUGUGUAUGGGAUGUCUUAAGAGGUCUAGUUGUUUACCCUCAAAUGCACCUCCCAUUUUCUUGAAAGUCAUACCAUUUGAUGUCAUGUUCCUAUCUAGGUUGAUCUAGAUGUGAUAGGAAGACCAUGUAUUGAGUCCAGUAUUGUGGAUAUUAUUAUCUAGAUUACUAUUAGGCGUACUUGUUCCAAAUUGGACAUCUCGCCCGAAACUAGUUGUAUCUUAUUAUCCAUCAGAAUAUUUGACUCUUAGGGAUUCACAGAGGAAGGAUAAUACAACACUUAUUUAUGGGUGGGUAUGUUAGAUAUUUGCCACAUUCAUCAACAGUUCUAUUACUGAAGACCAUUCAAAUGAAGAUUUUGUAUUCUUUGUAUUGUGACAUUGUGGAUUAUUGUGAAGCAUGGAACUUGCUUUGUACAUUUGGGCUCUAUUAUGUUGUAUUUCAAGCGAGCCUCUGUUAAGAAGCUUCAGCUUACAUAAAUAUUAUUGAACAAAUUGCAUUAAUGGAUCGCUAACAUUUCUGUUUGA